CAUACUGUAUUAAUCCAAUCGGCUAACCCAUUCGGCCAGGGUACUUUAGGUAGAGACUCCACAACUCCACCCUCCAGCUUUUCCAAAACGGUAGAACCUGGUUUAUCACCAUCCCACUUUCAAAUCUCCCAUCCCACCACCUACGUACCAAGACAAAUUCGGGAACAUUCAUACUCUACAACCGCGCCAUCGCGUGCCACGCUCCCGCUCCGGCCGCCAUUUCGAGAGGGUCAAGGCGACGACGUCCAAAUCCCGAUACCGAUAUUUUUUUUUACCCGCCGCCAUUCGUCUGUCCGUUUACCUCUUACGUUGUCCGUAUCCGUAGCUAUCUAUACCUAGGUAUCCGUAUCCCGAAAAGGAUACCUUACUUUGCCCAUCAUGGCGCGGGUUUACGCCGAUGUAAACCAGAAUAUGCCUAGAAGCUAUUGGGAUUAUGAUAGUGUUAAUAUCAGCUGGGGAAUCCUGGAAAAUUACGAAGUCGUCCGUAAAAUUGGCAGAGGAAAAUACUCAGAGGUCUUCGAAGGCAUCAACGUGAUUAACUAUCAGAAAUGCGUCAUCAAGGUCCUCAAGCCAGUUAAGAAGAAGAAGAUUAAGAGGGAAAUAAAAAUUCUUCAGAACCUCUCGGGCGGUCCCAAUAUUGUCGCCCUCCUCGACGUUGUUAGAGACAGCCAAAGCAAGACGCCCUCUCUCAUCUUUGAAUACGUCAAUAACACAGACUUCCGGAGCCUAUACCCCAAGUUCAACGACAUCGAUGUCCGUUACUACAUCUAUGAAUUGCUGAAGGCUCUCGACUACUGCCACAGCAAGGGUAUUAUGCACCGAGACGUGAAGCCUCAUAACGUUAUGAUCGAUCAUGAGAACAGAAAGCUACGUCUUAUCGAUUGGGGUCUAGCUGAGUUCUAUCAUCCCGGAACCGAGUAUAACGUGCGCGUUGCAUCCCGUUACUUCAAAGGGCCCGAACUUUUAGUUGAUUUCCAGGAGUACGACUACAGUUUAGACAUGUGGAGUCUAGGUGCUAUGUUUGCCUCUAUGAUCUUUAGGAAGGAGCCCUUUUUCCACGGUAACAGCAACUCGGACCAGCUAGUCAAGAUCGCGAAAGUCCUUGGUACUGAUGAUCUGUUUGACUAUCUGGACAAGUACGAAAUAGAGCUUGACCCUCAGUACGAUGACAUCUUGGGUCAUUUCACCAAGAAGCCUUGGCAUAGCUUUGUCAACACCGAAAAUCAACGAUUCGUGAGCAACGAGGCCAUUGACUUCCUCGACAAACUUUUGCGAUACGAUCAUCAGGAACGUCUUACUGCAAAAGAAGCUAUGGCCCACCCCUAUUUCGCCCCGAUCCGGGACGAAGCUACUCUUAAAGAGUAUCUUGGUGGUGCGACUGUUAGCUCAGAGUCUUAGGGCAUACUGGCCUAGCCAACGUAUUGCAUGCCUAGUUCCAGCUCUUCUACGAAUUCUUUAGAUACCCGCGCCUAUCCCCGCUCAUCGUUCGAUUGGUCUCGAGCUCCCCAACCAUGACGAGUACGCACCUUCGCGUCUCGCGCAAAUAGCAUAGCCUUUCCUCCCGUAUGCUAAGCUGCACGCCGCCGAAAUUAGGUAGAAGUUUUUAGUUAGGGGUAAAAUUCCACGGAAAGGCCUAACACGAUACGUUAAACCGCCUUGUCAAACCCAUCUUCGAGGCGGCAACAUUUUCACAUGGCAUACCGAUAAGAAAAGCAAUGAAUUAAUACGAGGUUUUUUUAUUUCUUAUCUUUCUUUUUUUACCACUUUA